AUGUCAAACAGUGCAUCGUCAUCACCAUCUUCCUCUGGAUAUAUGAACAAUAGCAAUAGCAAUAGUAAUAGCAAUAGCAAUAAUAAUAAUAAUGCAAACUCGAUAAAUCUCAUUAAUAAUAGUAAUAAUAUAAAUAAUAACAACAAUAAUAAUAGUAAUAUUACCAUUGGAUUUUCAAUACCCAACAACAAUAACAACAAUAGUAGUAGUAAUAGUAAUAUAAAUAACAUCAAUAAUAAUAGUAAUAAUAAUAAUAAUAAUAAUAAUAAUAAUAAUAAUAAUAAUAAUAAUAAUAAUAAUAAUAAUAAUAAUAAUAAUAAUAAUAAUAAUAAUAAUAAUAAUAAUAAUAAUAAUAUUAACAAUAUUAAUAAUAACAAUACGAAUUUAAAUAAUAUUAAUAAUAGUACGAAUGUUAAUAUUACAGGAUCAACCUUAAAUAAUAGUAAUAAUGGUAAUAAUAGUAAUAGUAAUAAUAAUAAUAAUAAUAAUAAUAAUAAUAAUAGCAAUAAUAAUAAUGGUGGUGUAAAUAAUCAACAAACUAGUACAUCAAAAAUAAUUGAAGCAGCUAGAAAAGGUAAUACAGAAUUAAUUAAUAAAUUAUUAAAAAAAGAUUGGAAAAAGAUAAAUAAAAGAGAUGAGAAAGGUGAUGGAUGUUUACAUAAAGCAGCAUUUUUUGGUCAUGCAGAUUCAAUAGAGGCAAUAUUAAAGUAUGCAUCAAAUAAUGGAUUGUUGGCUAAUAAUCAAGUGAAUGUUAAUAUGAAAAAUCAUGAAGGUUAUACACCAUUGAUGUAUGCAGUUCAAAAUAAUUGGAAAGAUUGUUUGAAACCAUUGAUUUCCUAUGGUGCCGAUAUCAAUGAAAAGCUACCAUCGAAUCCAGGUUUACCACUGACCUAUUCCAUAAGCAAUGGCACGGGUAUUUAUAAUUGGAAGAUUGAGAAUUUCUCAAAGAUUAAGGAUCGAAAGAUUCAGAGUAACACCUUUUUAGUGAGUGGAUUCUCUUGGAAACUCGUGGCAUAUCCGCGUGGUUCAAAAGAUGACGAUAAUCUAUCGCUGUAUUUGGAGGUGGCAAAUUAUGAGUCUUUAUCAGAGGGAUGGUCGCAUAUGGCCAAUUUCACAUUCACAAUCACCAAUCAAUUCGAUCAAUCAAAGAAAAUCAUUAGAGAAGUGUUGGCUCAUAGAUUUCAUAGAAAUCAUACGGAUUUGGGGUUCUCUCAAAUCUUAAAGAAGGAGAUGUUAAAAGAUAAGAAAUCAGGUUGGCUAUUGAAUGACUGUUUAUUGGUUGAAUUUAAAAUCGAGGUUUUACAUAAUAGUUCCUAUCAAAAUGAUGAAACUUCAAUUUACACUUGGAAAAUCAAUAAUGUUUCCGCUAUGAAAGAACGUGCAACUAGUCCUAUCUUUAAAGUUGGUAAUUGUAGAUGGACAAUCGCCCUCUAUCCAAAAGGUAAAAAUGGUGGUAACAAUCUUUCAGUUUAUUUAAAAGUAGCUGAUAAAUCAAUAUUACCACCAGAUUGGUUCUUUUUAGUUAGUUUUAAAUUUUCAUUAAUUGAUCAAAAAAAUGGUACAAAAUUUACAAGACAAGUUGAAGGUAAAAGAUUUAAAGAAAAUGUUGAAGAUUGGGGAUUUCCACAAUUUAUGAAAUUAUCAUCAUUAUAUGAUUCAAAUGGUAGUGGAUUUUUAAAAGUUGUUGAUGAUUCAAUAAUUAUAGAGUUACAAAUGGAGAUUGUAAAUGAUUUCACAAAAAAGAAACAUAGAGAAACCAAUAGUGAUUGGGGAUUAAGUCCAUUACAUUUAUCAUCGUAUAGAGGUUUCUAUGAUACAGUUAGAUUGUUAUUGAUGUUGGGUGCCAAUCCAAAUAUAACCGAUUCUCGUGGUAGAACACCAAUCGAUUGGUGUGCUUAUAAUGGUGAUUUACCAACCGCAGAAGUAUUGAUAACUAUUGGUUGUGCCGAUAUCAAUUGUAAAGAUUACGAAGGUUAUACACCAUUGCAUAAAGCCGUAAUGAAUGGUCAUUUGGAGGUCGCAAGGUUAUUAGUUAAACAUGGUGCGCUGGUAAAUGCUAAAACUAAUUCAAAAGUUACUCCAUUGGAAUUGGCAAUUAGAGUCAAUAGAAUGUGGUGUGUUGAAACUUUAAUUCAAUGGGGUGCCGAUCUAAAUUUAGCUGAUAAACAAGGUAGAUCACCACUACAUUGGGCUGUGUUUUUAGGUGAUCCUAAAUUACUCUCACUUUUGGUUAAAUAUGGUUGUAGUGAUAAAAAUGUAGAUAAAAAACCUUGUCCAAUCAUAUCCUUUAAUAAUAGAACUAAAAGAAAUUCAAAUGAAUUAUUAAAUGCUAAUAAUAAUAAUAAUAGUAAUAAUAAUAGUAAUAGUAAUAAUAAUAAUAAUAAUAAUAAUAAUAAUAAUAAUAAUAAUAAUAAUAAUAAUAAUAAUAAUAAUAAUAAUAAUAAUAAUAAUAAUAAUAAUAAUAAUAAUAAUAAUAAUAAUAAUAAUAAUUUAGAAUAUGUAUCAUCUGAAAAUAAUAAUGAUUAUACUGGAAAUGAUCAUAUUGAACAAAAUAAUUCACAGUCUACAACAACAACACCAUCAUCGUCAUCAUUACCAAUAAUAACCACAACAUCAUCAUCAUCAUCAGCAGUAUUAUCAUCAUCUCCAUCAUCAUCAUUAAAUAGUAAUAAUAAUAAUAGUAAUAAGAAAUCAAUUACACCAUUAAAAAUUAAUAUAGUUGAUCAAGAUGGAUUUACACCAUUACAUAAAGCAAUUAUUAGAGGUAAAGGAUCAUUUGUAAAAUUAUUAUUAGAGAAAGGAGCAGAUCCAACCAUUUUUACAAAAGAUAAUAGAAAUGCAUUACAUUUAUCAGUUUCAGCCAAUGAAUAUUAUAUAACUCAAUUGAUAUUGGAUUAUUGUGAUAAGACAACAGAGUUGUUUAGUUUAGAUAAUCAACAUCAAACACCACUUCAUAAAUCUGUAGUUAAUGGUAAUUUAAAGAUGCAAGAACUUUUAGUUAGUCGUGGUGCUGAUGUAAAUGAUGGUUACUUUAAUUCAACACCCGCAAUUCAUGAAGCAGUUAAAAAAAAUGAUAUCCUUUGUAUCAUUUAUCUAUUACAAAAUAAUGCUGAAAUUCAUAAAUCUCCAAAACUUUUAAUGAAUUUAUUAUCAAAGAAAAUUAGAGCUUUAAAAAAUAUAAAUUCAAAUAAUAAUAAUAACAAUAAUAACACUAAUAAUAAUAAUAGUAGUAAUAAUAGUAAUAGUAAUAAUAAUUCAAAUGAUAAUCAAAUUCCAAUGUGCUCAUUAGGUAGAGAUAUGUCAUAUUUAGUAAAUAAUCCAUUAUAUAAAGAUAUUACAUUUAUUGUUGAAGAUAAACCAAUUUAUGCAUGGAGAGGUAUACUUUGUGCAAGAUCAGAUUAUUUUAGGGCAAUGUUUGAAACACCAUUAAAAGAAAGUUUAGAAUCAGAAAUUAAAAUUGAAUCUGUACCACAUUCAACAUUUUUAUUAGUUAUGCAAUAUUUAUAUACUGGUGAAAUUGAAUCUUUAUCUUUAAACAAUUUAGAUAUCGAAAAUAAUAAUAGUAAUUAUAGUAAUAACAGCUCUGAUGCUAAUAAUUUUGAUACCAACAACAAUAAUAAUAAUAAUAUAAAUAAUAAUAAUAGUAAUAAUAAUGAUAGCACAUUAACAAAUUCAAAUGGUAUUGAGAAUGAUGGUGAUAAUAAUAAUAUUAAUAUUAAUAGUAAUAAUCAAUUUAGCAAUAAUGAUAAUGAUAAUAUAAAUAAUAAUAAUAAUAAUAAUAAUAAUAAUAAUAAUAAUAAUAAUAAUAAUAAUAAUAAUAAUAAUAAUAAUAAUAAUAUUAAUAUUGAAGAAUAUAAUAGAAAUAACUAUAAUAAUAAUAAUAAUAAUAAUAAUAAUAUACAAUCAAAUGGAUUAGGAUUUGAAGAUUAUAUUCAAUUAUUUAUUGCGGCAAAUAGAUUUAUGAUUACAAGAUUAAAAAUGAUUUGUGAAACUUUAAUUAUAAAGAAAUAUAGUAUCGAUAAUAUUUAUAGUAUUUUCAAAUUAACAGAAAUUUAUGAAUCAUCAUUCUUGUUGGAUGAGGCUGUUAGAUUCUUUUCUGAAAAUUUUCAAAUCAUUGACGAAGCAAAUUUCAUCUUAAAAAUGCCUUCUUUUAGAAAAUCAUUGUUGGAUAUUUUCAAACGUUCUUUAAUGUCAAAUAAUAAAAAUGCAUGCAAUAUUAGUGCUUUUAAUUUUGAAUCUGAUAUUGUAACUUCAAAUAAUAGCAGUUUUAUUAAAAACAGUACUUCGAACAUUAAUAAUCAUUCAAAUUUUGAUAACAACAGUGAUGGUGAUAAUGAUAAUAAUAACGAUAAUAAUACCAAUAAUAAUAAUAAUAAUAGUGAAAACAACAAUAAUAAUAUUAAUAAUAAUGAUGAAAAUGAUAACCAAAAUCAUGAUGAUUAG